AUGGAGCCCAUGGAAGCAAAGCUGUCUUUUGUGCCGUGUGUAGAAGACGACUGGCGGCGGCCUCGUCACAGGGAAAGUGAUGCAAAUUCCCUGUCGUUGGCGCGUCGCCUGGCUUUUCUCGAGGGUCAUGUGGAAGAGGCGUAUAACCUGCUGGAGACGGGACGUAGGCAGGGGGACUUUUCUUCUUCUUGGGCACGACGGGAGUGGAAAGAGGCAGCCUUGACACUUCUUUCACUCCACAACACGGAGGACGAUGCAUCGCGGUGGGUUGCGAGUGACCUCUUGCCAUUACCAUCCAAAGCGGCUCGCACGGCGCUUGGAAAAAUGGACAAUGUGAUGUACCAUUACUGCAUCUCGUACUGGGUGAAGCUUGCAGUUACGGCAAUGAUGCAUCGAGAGAUGUCUUAUGACAUGUCAUUGAGGGCAGCAGCAGACACGCUGCUUUUUGUACUUAAAGAUAUCUGUUGCAUGCGUCUCUCCUUGUCCUCACGUUGUUUGCCCACAUGGCGAUUGUUGGAGCAUGUGCUCCUGGAGCUGUUGCGUGUGGGUGAGAGCAGUGCGGAUGCCUCUGUGUCCUCCGCUCUGGACGUGGUGCGGCGGAUGCACCAGUACCUUGGCCAGUAUAUUAUCCGCUACCUGGAAAUGAGGGAUCGUCCGAUGGAGGGACAGCGUGGCCUUCUUACGUACCGCGGCGUAUUUGACCGCCAGUCCGGGGGCAUGAAUGGGGGCGACGAUGAGACGACGGGCAAGCGUGAGGGAGAGGGCGUGGAACGACUUCCCACAAGGUACUUGCCUCGUGAAGUGUGCGGGGCGUUGCGCACACUGUGCAGGAGCGGGGACACAUGCGGGAGUCUUGAGCUCUUGAAGGAUAGUCACCCCACUGAUAGUGCCGCUGCCGCUGCUGAGGAUAAAGAUGAAGAUGAUAAGAACAUAUUGGCGUUGGAAGCGUUUUUGGACCACUACUUUUUCCGCAGUGCACCGGUGGCGUUUGAAAGGCCGUUAUGUAGCUCGGAAGUUUAG